CCUGACCUUCAGCAGCGCCAAUCUCCAAGGACGCAUUCAAUCUUAGCAUGUGAAGGCCCACUGUACUGUAGGAGAGGCGGGCGCUAAGGCCUACGAGCAAGGCGAGCAUUGACGAUCGCGCGUGUCGAGUCCCGGCACCCAGGCGAGUGCCCGCGGUCUUCGCAUUAAGCUUACACAGGCGCACACUGGUUGUUGAAACUGCUAAAAGUGGCGUCGUGAUUUGCACAGGCGCACGUGCGUUCGUGUGAGCCCUUUGGCUCCCUGGUCGAUAGUUGUGCACACAGUGCAAAUCCUGCUCAGCAGUACCACCUGAGGCGAAUUAACAUUUGGUCUUAGCAGCUGAUGUGGCUUCGGCUGUGCCGCGUGUGAAAAUGCUUCGGCCUGCGGACCUGUCGUUGAGCGCCAAGUUCAACCCACCACAGCAACGAGCCAAGCGCCAUAAUAAAGAUAUAUAUAUCAUAAGCCUGUCAGUGAGUACGCUGCUCCUCUCAGCGGUUCUUCCACUUGCGGGUGCCUCAGUGGACCUCCUCAUCCGCCUUGAAGCCCGCGGGAAAUAUGCUCUGGCGAGAAACCCUGGCGUGCCUGACUUCUUUGGCGCCGACUUGAAUGGAACGACCACUGGUCCAGACUUCGUGCUUGUCGGAGCCCAGAAGACCGGCACCACGUCCCUGUACCAACACCUCAUGAAGAACCCCUACCUGGCCUCCGUGGGCGGACCCGAUCAAAAGGACACACACUACUUCAGCGGCACCGGCAGCAAGUACGACAAGAGCUCGCUCUGUGAUAACGAGGUGGAGCCCUACCUGCGCCUCACGGCAGCGGCGCGGCGGCAGCAGCGGCGGCACGGCGCCACCACCGUCAUCACCCCGCAGCUGGUGGGCGACUUCAGCCCCACCCACCUGACCUGCAUAUGCUGCGCCGCCAGCCUGCGCAUGGCAAACCCCAGCAUGAAGGUGCUGGUGCUGCUGCGUGACCCGGUGUCGCGGGCGCUGUCGCGGUUCCUGGAGUUCAAGACACAGCGCCACCUGGCCGACUACUACCCGGACGCACUGGAGCUUUCAAGCCACACCUUUGUGUCGUACGUGGAGGCGGAGCUGGCGCACAUGCGGCGCUGCACAGACACCGCCCGCCGCUUCCGUGCCCCGGCCUCCUCCUCAAGUGGCGGCGGCGGCAUGCUGGGGGCCGCCGCCGCCGGGGCCGCCAUGCCGCGCGGCUGGGGCGCGGGCUGGGACCUGGGCCAAUGGAUGGAGGCGCAGUGCUACGCGCGCAGCAGCAUCCUGGGCUGGUCUGCGUAUGACAUAUUCCUUGAGAACUACGCCGCGCAGUUCGGGUGGCGGCAGAUCAAGGUGCUCUACACACACGACCUGCUGACGUCACCCGGCGCCACACUCCGAGCAGUGGAGGACUUCCUGGGGGCGCCACGUGCCAGGCUGGACCCAAACGACAAGCUCGACACGUUGGUUUACACGCGCGACUGCUACUCCGACAACUGCCCCAAGAGGCGCCGGGAGCUGCGGCCGCUGACAGAGGUGCUGCUGGGCGCCGGGGCCGGCGGCGGCGCCAUGAGCCCGGGCGAUAACGCUCUGGCUGAUGACCUGUGGGAGCAGUCGGCGGCGGCGGGAGUAGGCGGGGCAGCAGGGGCAGAUGCUGCGGCUGGUAGUGGCGGAAGUGACGCCACAGCCGCCGGUACCGGCAGCACCAUCAGCAGGAGCCCGUUCGGCCGGGCGGUGACGGCGCUGCGGCAGUUCUACGCCCCGCACAUGCAGCAACUGUUCCGUUGGGCGGACCAGGGAGUCAUCCCGCAGCCGCCGCAGGCGUGGAGGGACGCGUACGGCAGUAGCAGUGGCAGUAGCAGCGACAGCAGCACGAGCCCAGGUCGGCGGCUGCGGCAGCUGGAGGACGGCAGUGGCGGUAGCGGCAAGCUUAGGGGGUAGCGCGCUGUCAGUGUCAUGCCGCAAACGUACGAAUGAUGAGGCAUGAGUGUGCAUACAUAUAAAGGAAUGAAAGUGAACGUGUGUGGGACCGCACGUGCGCAAGCACAGGUACAGCAUGUGUGCAUACACAUCAGGCAUUGUGGACUACUGAGAGUUUAGCGCUGCAUAAGAUGGCGUGCCCGAUGAGCGUGAGCCCAUACCGCCGCAUGGUUUGGUGCGGUGUCUGCCUGCUGGUAGCAGUGGCUUGGUGGUAUGAUGGUUGCCUGAAUUGAUUACUUGUGGUAAGCCGGUGUGGUAGGCUGUCAGAUGUACAACUA